AUGUCAGCGGGCCAGUUUGAAUCGCUGGAGACAACUCUGGAGACCUACAUUCCAGAAGCUGACCUGAAGGAGGUCAAACGCAUCUUGUAUGGCAAGGAGACCAAGUUGUUGGACCUCCCAUCAUGUGCACUGGAGGCUGCACAAGCAGCUGAUUUUGAGUUGAAAGGCUACAGCUUUGAAGCUACUGAGGAGCAGCUGAGGCUCCCCAGAAGGAUCCGAGUGGGGCUUAUUCAGCACCACAUUGUUCUGCCCACAGAUGCGCCCAUUCUGGACCAGGUCAACGCUAUGCACAACAGGAUUGGUCAAAUAGUCGAAGUGGCAGCUAUGUGUGGCGUGAACAUCAUCUGCUUUCAGGAAACUUGGACAAUGCCGUUUGCUUUCUGUACCCGUGAGAAAGAACCAUGGACAGAAUUUGCAGAGUCUGCUGAAAAUGGAAAUACAACACAUUUCUGCCAAGAGUUGGCCAAAAAAUACAACAUGGUGAUUGUUUCUCCAAUUCUGGAGCGCGACGAAAUGCAUGACACUCUGUGGAACACGGCAGUGGUGAUAUCCAACUCUGGAAAUGUGCUAGGGAAGAGCAGGAAGAAUCACAUCCCCAGAAUUGGGGACUUCAAUGAGUCAACAUAUUAUAUGGAAGGUGACACUGGCCACACGGUGUUCCAGACGCAAUUUGGGAAGAUAGCCAUCAAUAUCUGCUACGGGCGCCAUCACCCCCUUAAUUGGUUUAUGUACAGUAUGAAUGGAGCUGAGAUUAUCUUUAACCCGUCAGCUACUGUUGGUGCCCUAAGUGAACCUAUGUGGUCUAUUGAGGCCAGGAAUGCAGCCAUUGCAAACCACUGUUUUACCUGCGCUAUUAAUCGAGUUGGGACAGAGCAUUUCAAAAGUGAAUUUACAUCUGGUGAUGGAAAAAAAGCUCACCAUGACUUUGGCCACUUCUAUGGAUCCAGUUAUGUAGCCGCUCCUGACGGAAGCCGCACCCCAGGGCUUUCUAGAACUCGUGAUGGACUGCUGGUGGUAGAGAUGGACCUCAACCUGAACCGCCAAAUCAGUGACAAGUGGAGUUUCAAGAUGACUGGGCGUUACCCCGAGUAUGCCGACGCUCUCACCAAGGCUGUAAGACAUGACUUCCAGCCUCAAAUAGUCAAGGAAUAG